UCUCAAUUUUCCCAGAUCUCGCGGGCUUUCAAUUGUGCUCAAAAUGGCUUCUAUUCCAGUACUGAUGACAUGCUUGCUUGCAAGUAUCUGCAUUGGUUCGCCAAUGGGCCAUCCAUCCCUUCAUGAAAUGCGUGGCCCUCGCUCACUCAAUAUACCAUCUGCUUAUAGCCGUAUCCACAGUAAUGCCGGGAUACAAAUCGAGCCCCCGAUCGUCGAAGGGCCAAAUACAGAGAAUAAAAAUACCUUGACGUUCUCGAACUGGGCUGGUGCACUCAUUCAAUCAUCAGACAUCACCAGUGUGACUGGAACAUUUACUGUGCCUUAUCCUGAAGUGCCCUUGGGAGGAAAUUCUUCAACUGCCUAUUGCGGGUGCGCUUGGGUUGGUAUCGAUGGUGACGGCGCCGACUGCCCCAAUGGCGGUCUCAUACAAGCUGGUGCCUCUUGGUGCAUCGAGGACGGCAUCACAUCAUUUAACGCCUGGUACGAAUGGUUUCCUGCUCAGGCGUUAACCACCUUCGAUAACUUUGAUGUUGAAGCCGGCGAUGAGAUCAAAGUCACUGUGACCGCAACAAGCAACAGCACGGGAUAUACAAUUCUUGAAAACUUGACUGAGGGGACCGAUGUCCGUCAUACCUGGAAGACCGAAUCUCCAGCUCUCUGCGGAGCGACUGCUGAGUGGAUCGUCGAAGACUUCUCGCUUAUUAUCGGUGGUUCGGAAUCUCUGGCACCAUUCGCUGAUUAUGGCAGUGUGGCAUUUACAGGUGCUCAUGCUACUGUUAACGGGAAGAAAGUUGGUGUUUCAGAGUCUCAAUUGGUAAAUAUGGUGCAAGAUGGGAAGACAAUAAGCAAGGCUAUUGUAUUGGACGACGAGCUCGUGGUAACAUAUAAGGGUUAAGCAUCAUGUUUCACACACAUAUAACACGCGGAAGGAAGCUGGGAAAUAGAAUUUGUUGUUAGUUGCUUAUGAUCAAUAUCCGAGCCCAUUAUACAAUUACAAAGUCAUAUCUUCCAC